AUGACUUUUGGCAAUCAAUUUUUCCCAUGCUUCAUCAUGCUACUUGCUUUAAGCUCGUGCCAUGUUACGGGCCUCAAUUAUGAUCGUGAUGACUAUUUACAAGAGGAAGUUGGCUAUGAUUUUCGGGCUUACCCUUCUCAUUUGGUCCAUCGUCUUAGAGGCGUCAAAUUUGACAAUGAUUCGGGAAAGAAGCAGUUUAGAAGAUUUCUUGCGGACUCAGGUGAAACAGUUAACGUGCUCAAUUUUGGAGCUAAAGGUGAUGGAAGUAUAACAAUGCAGAUUGCUGGAACCAUUAUGGCUUCAAACGAUCGUUCAGAUUACAUUAAAGAUUCGAGACAUUGGCUAACAUUCGAAAGUGUCCAAAAUCUCGUGGUCACGGGUGGUGGAACAAUAAAUGGCAAUGGGAACAUCUGGUGGAAAAAUUCUUGCAAAACAAAUAAAGCGAAUCCAUGCACGAAAGCUCCAACGGCUUUAACAUUCUACCAUUGCACGAAUUUAGCCGUACAGAACCUAAAGAUCCAAAACGCGCAGCAAAUGCACGUGUCCUUCGACAAGUGCACAAAUGUCGUAGCUUCGAAACUCAUAGUGAAUUCUCCAGAAAACAGCCCAAAUACUGAUGGAAUUCAUGUAACCGACACUCAACACAUCCAAAUUUCCAGCUGCACUAUAGGCACAGGUGAUGACUGCAUCUCGAUUGUAGACGGAUCGAAGAAUGUCCGGGCCACGGAUAUAACUUGCGGACCCGGCCAUGGCAUCAGUAUUGGAAGCUUAGGUUCUGGAAAUUCCAAAGAGUAUGUUUCAGAUGUUGUGGUCAAUGGAGCUAAGCUUUCUAGCACCACAAAUGGAGUUAGAAUCAAAACAUGGCAGGGAGGGUCUGGAAGUGCAAGCAACAUAAAGUUCCAGAAUAUAGAGAUGGAAAAUGUUGAGAACCCAAUAAUCAUAGACCAGAACUAUUGUGAUCAAGAAAACCCCUGCCAAGAACAGGGUUCAGCUGUACAAGUGAAGCAUGUUGUUUAUCAGGAUAUCAAGGGUACAAGUGCUACUAACAUAGCUAUCAACUUGGACUGCAGCAAAAGCCAUCCAUGCCAAGAAAUUUACAUGAGCAAUGUGAAUUUAGUCGCCAAAAAUGGCGAAAGUGCUAAAGCGUUUUGCAAAAACGUCGAAAUCGCAAGCUCUGAAACACUUUCGUCCAAGUUCUUGAGCGGAUUGAUUUCGCCUCGUUGCCCUAAUAUGUGAUAAUUCAGGCAUGUUUUCUAGGCCUGUUGAAAUAUAGGUUCUUUUGUUCUGUUUAGUGCACAUUAUAGACUGAUUGAAUAUAGGUCAUAUGUUGUAUAUUUUAAAGAAGGUUCAAAAGGUGGUUUUUUAAGGAAAUUCUUUUCUUUCAAAGGUCUGUUAGGGCCGAUCUAGAAAAUAUUUAGGAUAGUCAUGUUAUGUAUUCAUUUGAAGUGUGUAAUAACAUAGUUUAUGAUCUCAUGAUCUCAAAUAAAAUACUCAUGGUAUUCUAAACUGCAGUGCAAUGUGAUUACUAUUUAAGAGCAAUUUUCGGGGAA